AUGGAUUCUUUGCUUGAAGAUAUAAGGAAUGCCCUAGGAAGAGGGGACGGUAUUAAAGCACUACUCCUAGACGAGUAUACCCGGGAUUCUAUCAGCCCCAUUAUAUCCCAUGCAGAAUUACUUUCAUAUGACUUCUUUCUUUUUGAAACCAUUAGAAGUACCAGGCAGCCAAUUGAUGUGUCGUGUGUAGCCAUUCUAAGCAAAACUAGCUUGCCCCUUCUUGCUGAAGAAGUUCAAAAACAAGUUUAUAAAGAGUACUAUGUCUUUAUAACAGACGAAUUAUCAGAUGCUGAAAUUGAAGAAAUAGCAAAAAAGGACAUAAACGGGAUAAUUAAAGAAUUACAAGAAUUAUACUUUCCGGGCAUUCCAGUGGAUGAUAAUCUAAUUAUUUUAAACGGCACAAAUGAUCAGGAAAUAGCACAGUCCCUUGCAUGUCUGUUAAAGGGGUUGAAUGUUAGCCCGCGUAUACGGUAUUUGUUUGGUUCGGAACUUUCCUAUAAAACAGCGAUGUACAUUGACGCUGGGGCUAAGUGUAAAAGUACUAAUUCUGACAUAUUAAUACUUGACAGAGUAGUUGACUUAUUCACUCCCAUUAUGUACCCAUGGACGUACCAAAGCAUGGCAGCUGAGUAUUUAGAGUAUAAACCUGGAAUGAUCACCUGGGGGCAUAAUAAUCUGUGCAUUUCAAGGGAUGAUAAGUUCUUUAAAGAGUGUAAGUUUAAGGAUAUUGUGUACGCCACAGAAAGACUAAAAGACUCUUUUGAAGAUGUAAAAGUGUCAAGAGAAUUAGCUGGUGAGUUUAUAACAAAUGUUAAAAACAAAGCAAAGGAAAGUAACCGACUAACAAUGCAUCUUAAGGCCAUAACAGAAAUAUCCAAUGCCUGUGUAGAAAAUGAUUCUGUCUCUGAAGCAAUGGCUGAUCUAAUUGAAGAUGUGCCGAUAAACCUAUUAGAAUCUAUUAAGGAUGCAACUGAGCAACAAAAACUAAGACUUGCUCUAAUAGAGUAUUUAUGCGAGGUGACUGCCCGAUCACCCAAUAUUCUAAAAACACUCUGGAAGGAUAAACAGCAGAAAUGGAUACUAUUCGAUGGAUACAAAAAAGAAAUAGAAUUAUUCACAAAGACAUACAUAAAAAACUACCAAAACCUACGAAGGCCAUCAUAUGAACGUAAUCAGUCCAGAAAGUUAGGAUAUAUUCCUGAAUUAGUAAGAAUAAUUACUGAUUUAAAAAACAAUAGACUAAGCACCACUAAAUACCCAAUUGUACGUAAUAUUCCUGGCAAUAGAAAGACCAUAAUUGUAUUUAUGGGCGGUGGAAUAAGUUUCAUUGAGUAUCGGGCCCUUGUUCUGCUUUUUACUAAAGAAUUCCCCAAGAAUGAUAUUUUGCUUAUAAGCAAUAAGAUUAUAACUGCAAAUGAGAUUCUCUCCUCUAUUUCCGUCAGACCAAAGUAUUAA